AUUGACUAUUAAACCAAAACGAAAAAAAAAAAACUACUAGCUUUAUGUAAUAAAAGCUUUAUAGAAUAGGAAUUAUAUCUAAAUACGGUUAUUAUUACGUUUUAUUUUUAAAUAAGUUUAAACAACAGAAACAUAAACCUUUCAAAAAAAUUGUAAAUUUAUUUACGGGUUUAAAUUCUAUUCUUAAACUGGUAACAGAGUCUAAACCCGUAAAUAAAUUUACAAUUUAUCGCUUAAUCUCAGCCAUAUUACCGAAUAAAUGAUUAUUUUCUACCAACCACAAAGAUAUUGGAACACUUUACUUCAUUUUUGGUGCAUGAUCCGGUAUAGUCGGAACCUCUCUUAGACUCCUAAUUCGAGCAGAACUAGGAAACCCAGGAUCUCUAAUUGGUGACGACCAAAUUUAUAACGUAAUUGUCACAGCCCAUGCGUUCAUUAUAAUUUUUUUCAUAGUAAUGCCUAUUAUAAUUGGAGGAUUCGGAAAUUGACUUGUUCCCCUGAUACUAGGAGCCCCUGAUAUAGCAUUCCCACGAAUAAACAAUAUAAGAUUCUGGCUUCUCCCCCCAUCGUUAACUUUACUUCUAAUAAGAAGAAUCGUAGAAAGAGGAGCAGGAACUGGAUGAACAGUUUAUCCCCCAUUAUCAUCCAAUAUCGCUCAUGGAGGGGCAUCAGUCGAUCUCGCAAUUUUUAGUCUCCAUUUAGCAGGUAUUUCUUCCAUUUUAGGAGCCGCUAAUUUCAUUACCACAGUUAUUAAUAUACGACCACAAGGAAUAACUUUUGAUCGAAUACCCCUAUUUGUCUGAGCUGUUGUAAUUACCGCAGUUCUUCUUCUUCUUUCACUUCCAGUACUAGCAGGUGCCAUUACUAUACUUCUUACUGACCGAAACAUCAAUACAUCUUUCUUUGAUCCAGCAGGAGGAGGAGAUCCCAUUUUAUACCAACAUCUAUUUUGAUUUUUCGGACACCCUGAAGUUUAUAUUCUAAUUCUACCAGGAUUCGGAAUAAUUUCCCACAUUAUUAGACAAGAAAGAGGAAAAAAGGAAGCUUUUGGUACUCUGGGAAUAAUUUAUGCCAUAAUAGCAAUUGGUCUUUUAGGAUUCGUAGUUUGAGCUCAUCACAUAUUUACAGUCGGAAUAGACGUUGACACUCGAGCCUAUUUCACAUCAGCUACUAUAAUCAUUGCUGUUCCUACAGGAAUUAAAAUUUUUAGUUGAUUAGCGACUCUACAUGGCACACAACUUAAUUACUCUCCCUCAAUAUUAUGAGCUCUAGGAUUCGUAUUUUUAUUUACAGUGGGGGGACUAACUGGAGUAGUACUAGCUAACUCAUCUAUUGAUAUUAUACUUCAUGAUACAUAUUACGUUGUAGCCCAUUUCCACUAUGUUCUUUCUAUGGGGGCAGUAUUUGCAAUUAUAGGAGGAUUAGUUCACUGAUUUCCUUUAUUCACAGGAACUACCUUAAAUCCUAAGCUAUGCAAAAUUCAAUUUAUUACUAUAUUUGUAGGAGUCAACAUUACAUUCUUUCCUCAACACUUCCUAGGAUUAAGAGGUAUACCCCGUCGAUACUCGGACUAUCCUGAUGCUUAUACCAUAUGAAAUAUUGUUUCUUCUAUCGGAUCAAUUAUCCUAUUCUGA